AGCAAUCAGAAGAAUGAAAGAUAGCAAAACCAAAACACCCUAACUUCUCUUGCCCUCAGCUAUUUCACCUCACUCCCAAAACUCGAGAGCACAACGAUGCUUGACUUGCUUCGAUCGCAGCAGAGAAGAACAUGCAAUCUCCAUCUCGUCGCCGUUCUUCAACCUGCCCAACCACUACCGUCGUCGCGUCUGCUCUGUCGCGGUGCGCGCAGCGCCAGCGUCAUCCAAACGCCUGUGUUCUGUCGCCUGUUCGAGCCUCCACUCAGCCGCCAUUUCCCCGCUGUUGCAGCCUCUCAUCCGCCGCUGUGCAUCCCUCCGUCCAGCCAUUUCCAUCGAGUAUGAAAGCUUCAUCUCCCUCGCCCUCCUCUUUGAUUUUCAGAACAUCUGAAAAAACUUAGGUUCGAUGAAGGAGGUUCGCUAAUAGAGGUCUGAUCAACGACACCAAUGAAGGGUCCGCCGCUCUUUUUCACAAAUCACAGAUAAUCAUGGCACCGAAAGGUUGAGGUGGACGAAUAGUACGAAACACUCGUAUUGAUCAAUCUCGGCUUUCCUCGCGUAUGUCAGGUGAGCAAAAUGUUGAUAUUGAUUCUUCUCAACCAUCGGUACACGUGUUAGGUCAAUAGAGUAAUACUCAUGAUGAACCUCAUCUUACACAAUUGAAUGUGGGAUCCGCAUCACAACCAUCCCCACAAAUUUUAUCACAACCGUCACCAUAAUUAGAUGGUGCGAAUUCGUCUGACGCAUCUGCUUUAGACGCAGAAGAUAAUGAGCUACCUAGUGUUGGACAAUCAAAUGUGCAUACUGAAACUAGGAGUAACAAGAAGCUGGUAAUAGCUGUAGAGAAAGGCGAUAAACCGAAGAGAUUUACAGAUCAUACGGUAACUCGUGACAUCACGAAAGAUUUAUUAAGUAGGAUGCCUUCUCCAGCGCCAAGAUGGCAGGAUUAUUGUCCAAACAUGAAGGACGAAUUGUUUAAAGGUUUUCUGGAAAAACAUGAAUUUGCAUCAAAUUAUGAUAAGGCUAUGGCAAGAACUGUUUGGAAUAAGACAAUGCAUGACCGCUAUCCUAAUAUUUUGAAAAGAGCAAGGGAUAGAGCUUUUAAGGAGGCAAACUCUACUAGUAUUGCUGAUAUUAAGGGUCAUGGACCUAAAGCAAUGAAAGUUGAUGUUUGGAAUGGCUUAGUUGAUCAUUGGUUAGAUUCAAAGUGGCAAAAUAAGUCUGUGGCCGGUCAAAAAAAUAGGACUGCUAUGCCUGCUCAUAAACUACACACUGUAGGGUCUAUCAGUUUUGGCGAACACAAGAGAAGAAAGGAAGCUAAGUUGAAGCAUUGUGUAUCUUUCCUUGAAGUAUUGUUCAUAAGAAAAAAAAGUGGAGAAUAUGUUUCUGAAGUAUCCAAGGAAAUUAUUGACUCAUAUGGAGAGGCAAUAUCACAAAAAUAUGGAGAAGAUUUAAUAGAUCAACCUGAAGUUGAUCCUGACGUGUGGACAGAAGUUGCAGGAACCAACAAGAAAGGACGAGUUCAUGGGUUAGGCCGCAGUCUGGAUAUUGGUAUUCAUGAUCAUAGAGAUGUGCCAUUAUCUGAAGAUAUAGGUGUUUCUACAGUCAAGUCAAUUUCACAAAUAGACAUCACUGAGGCUAUUAAAGAAGCAUUGCCUAGUGCUAUAAAUGCAAUCUUGCCUAGUGUUGUAAAUGAAGCUAUACAGAGUAAUUUACUGUCUCUCCUUUCUAAGAUUCCAGGAUUCCCCCAAGAGAAGAAUCAGUAGAGUGAUUUUGCUAGGAAUAAUAUUUGAUUAGGUGGCUUAUGUUAAUGCAUUUUGUUAGGCUUAGUUUAUUAUCGUAGUUUAUUUAUUUGAUAGACAAUUGAUUAGGCAAUUUGUUUCAUUUUCAGUUUUUAUAGAAGUUGGCUUACUUUUAUUGGUAGUUUACUUAGUUGAUAAAUAAUUAUUUGGAUUGAUUUUUAUAGUUACUAUUAGAUUUAACUUGUUUUGGUAUUUUAUUUGUGAAGUAUCUAUGUUGGAGA